UGAUCACAAUUGCCCAAUACCUAUUAAUUCUCUCAUACUUUAUUUAAACUCUGCAGAUCAAAUAAGAGAGUGAGAGAAUAAGAAGUGAGAAGAAUAGGAGCCCAACAAUGGCGACUUCCCCUUUAGCCUCCCCUCUUUCUCUAAAACCAUCUUCUCCUUUGAUUGCAAAAUCAAAUGUGAGGGGGCUUCCCUCCCUCACUACCUCUUCCUUUUCCUUCAAAGUUCAGGCCAGUAGUGUCAAGAAGAAGAUCAAGACUGACACGCCCUAUGGACCUGGUGGUGGGAUGAGCUUGAAAGAUGGUCUCGAUGCCUCCGGGAGGAAGCAAAAGGGAAAAGGUGUUUACCAAUUUGUUGACAAAUACGGUGCAAAUGUUGAUGGAUACAGCCCAAUUUAUGACGAGAACGAUUGGUCUCCUAGCGGUGAUGUGUAUGUUGGAGGCUCAACAGGGUUGUUGAUAUGGGCAGUAACUCUUGCUGGUGUCCUUGCUGGAGGUGCCCUUCUUGUGUACAACACUAGUGCUUUGUCUCAGUGAAACCAAUAUUCUCAUACUUCUCUCUAGAGCCCCACCUUCAUUGUAAAACCAUUCUAGAAUACAUUUUCGGUCCCUACAUGUAAUAGUUUAUUGUAAUACCUGUGUAUUAGAGUUUGAUUCAAAUAUUGGAUAUCGUAAUUAUUGAUAUGAGGAUUGGAGCAGUGUUGUUAGAUUC